AUGGAAACGCGCCACGAUGUCCGGCAUAAACAACCUCUCCCUCCGCCAGCUGACCUGAACGUGACGGACCUACAGAGGACACUGGAGGCUCACCGCCCCAUUAAAAUCAGGAUCAUCUCGGUUUUGGGAGUGAUGAUAACUUUGGGAAACAUCGCCGUGGUGAUGGUCAUAGCUUCGGCGGUGUCGGGCUGGUCGAGAAAUCGGUACUUCCUCUUGUCGUUAACGGGAGCGGACUCUGCGUUCGCGCUGCUUAUCAUGCCGCUCAACUUGUGCGUGAGUUUCGCGAAGGAAUACAACAGGGGCCCGGACCCCUUCUGUCACGUCGUGGUUUUCAACGCCACCAUCUACUCCACCUGCAUGUACACCCUCGCGACCAUCAGCCUGGAAAGGUACAUAGCGGUGUUUACCCCCUGAAGUACUCCCCGCGUGCUGACCAGGAGGAGGGCGCUGCUUCUGAUCGCGUUCGCGUGGGGUUUCCCUCCCGUCCUCCUCGUCCCCAUCUCGUUCCGCGGAGUCAUCGAAGUGCACUUCUCCAGGGCCUCGCUCGUGUGCAACCCGCUGUACUCCAGCAACGUGUCUUAUCUGUCCCUGACGUGCUUCAUCUUCUUCCCGUGCUCGGCCGUCAUGACCUUCUGUAACCUCAGGCUGUGGAUAGCCGCGAAGACGAGGCUGAAGCUGAGGAGACGCAGCUGGGGGGGGUACAGGCCUAAAGUGGCCCUGCGCGUUUUAGUGCCGGUCAUGACCGUUUAUUACACCUGCUGGACGCCCUGCAUGGUCAUCAUGCUGUACAACGCGCAUCUCUGGCAGCGGUGUCCCGAAUGGAUCGAGUUUAUUGCCGUAGUGGUUACCGACCUCCAAUGGCUUCUCAACUGUAUCUUCUACUUCUGGAUCAACCACAGCUUCAGAAGGAAAUUCCAUUUGGUUCUCCAGAGACUGUGUCUAGGACUGUGUCGUUCUGGCGGCGAUUCGAGCCGCGUCAGCUCUGUGGAGUCCUCCGCGGUUCCGGAUGGAGCGUUAACGGUAUCCACUCUCCAUGAGCGGUUUUCUAGCGUGUCUUCCACUCGCGCUCUGCUCAUGCCGGCUCAAACCAACAUGCGUGAACCAGAGCCGGCUUGAGGUUCCUUUUAGCCCCGUGAUCCGAUGAAGUUUUAAAGCUCUGGUGAAGUUG